CGAGUUGCGCCAGGAUAUUCGUAUUCAAAUGUCGCCGGUGGCCGUUCUAAUGACCGAUCAGUCACAGUUCGCUCGUUCGACCUGCGGAGAGAAACGGGUGUGCGCGCAGUGGGAACGUUUGGUAUUUUCUCCUCCUCGCACGAUCGGUCUGUCAAAAAUCUGCACGCGUCGUCGUUGUCGGUGUCGGUUCUUUCAAGUAUAACCCAGGUAUCCGAUAUUUGAAUUUCUAUCAUUGUGUGAGACAUAUAUUCGUUUUAUUUCCUUUUUCUUUGCUUGUUCGCCCCUUUUUCUUUCCCUCUCCUAAAGAAUGCCGUCGAUCUGUUGUUGCGUAUGACCGUUGAAGAAAAGCACACAAUUGCAAUAAAAAUAUUGAAUUUAUUCUUGCUUCUAAUACCUAACCAUUCCUAUCGUACGAGGUGUGAGGAUUGCAUAUGAAAAUCCGAAAUGUGCAUUCGGAGCGUUGAAAAACAAUAACGAUCACAGUGAGGUCGAUGGUGGGGAAAACGAUGUGUUUACGUGUUUGGAAGAUAGAGACGCGGGUCAUAAAAACGAUGUCGCGAUAGAGGUAGGCAGUUAGUCGCUGUUGGACGCCCGAAAGAGACGUGCCAUCGCCACUCGUGUAGAAGAUCGAUUUCCACGAUGAGGCCACUGCUGGAAAUGCUACUAGUCGUAGUAGCGUUAGCUACGCACACCCGUGGACUCCCUUACGGAGAGCUGCCGUCUCAGCUGCAAACGCAGGGGCAACUUGUCUGGUACGGUGACGGCCGUGUCUCCCAGGCUCAGAGCAACGCCUUUCCCAGCUAUAAGGAAAAUGUCGUGCCGGGACAGAUAGGCCAAGCGCCAUUUAAUUGGGACCAAUCGCAGCAAGAAGCAUUCGUGGGAUACGAGACGCACGCUCCGUCCGCGCCGCAGCAGCAACACCAGCAGCAGCAGCAGCAGCAUCAGCAGCAGCAGCAGCAGCAGCAACAUGAUUCCGAUUACGUGUAUCAGCCCGAUCAAACGCUACAGUCCUACCCUAACUCCCUGAACGACCUCACGAUCACUUGCAGAGGUCACAACGAGGUCUGCGUCAGCAAGAGCCUGUGCAUCGACGGAUACGUGCAUCCCCUGAAGCAGGGAUUCAUUCGGCCAGGACAGGUGCAAGAAUGCAAGCUCAGCCACGAGACGUGCUGCAUCGUGCGAUACAACCUGAACAACUCGCCGUACGGCAAUGAGCAGUUCAACACGGUGCUAAAGGACGAUCAGUACCAUCAGUACCCGGAGCCCAGUCUGGAGAACGAUCAGAAGUACGUCCCGUACGGCGAAGACAAUCAGGCGGACGUGGCCGAGCUGAACCCGCCGUUAGGAAACGACGCGGAGCUACAGUCCGGGACGAACGACAGAUACGCGAUCGACUCCGCUGGUCGGCCACAUGACAACGUGAAAGCCCCGGAGGAGGUUCCCAUCGACUACAAUCAGGUGCCGGCUGGCUCGAGCCCGCAGGAACAGUUUCGACAAGGCAGCGCGGUCGACAGCGAGCCAGUUUCACCAGCAGCUAAUCCUGCCGCCAGCGCGAAUCCUCCAAUCUUCCAGUUUCCCGUUCAAUCGGGCUGUGCGGCUGCCUUGCUCUGCGUGGAGGAACAGUAUUGCACGUUGGAAGGUGUCAUCAGCCCGGAACCGGUCGCGCUCACCAGCAAGCAGCUCCUACGACGUGUCCCGUUGAGCAGUUGCAGAAACCGUGAGACCGGAGUGAUCGGCAAGUGCUGUCGCGACCCGAACUACGUGGAUCCAUGGCCGACGGGCAAUUUGCCCGCUAACUACACCGGCGGCUUCGACGAGCAAGGUUUCCCGACGUUCCUCAACAUCGCGAAGGUGCGGCCGCCGACGAAGAAGCCGCAACAACCCACUAAGACGAUCCCCAAACCGCCGGUGAAGCCGCCCGUUUUCCCUGAGACGCCGCGAGUCCCUGAGUUCCACGAGCAGCAGCCGACGAACGUGGUGCCGGAUGACUCCAACCUGAGGCCGCACGUGCUUCCGAUCCCGACCCAGGUGCCGAUUGCGGCCAGCACUCCUGCGCCGUUCACUAAGAAACCGUACGAGACCGACUCGAGCGACCAACAACCUAUCGCCCUGCUGCCGCAAGUGCCGAGGAAUCCGUGCGGCGUGAGAAAUUACGAUCAACGGCCGACCGGCUUCAGGGAGACCGACGCGGCCUUCGCGGAGAUCCCUUGGCAGGCGAUGGUCCUCUGGUCGCCGGAACGUAAGAUCCUGUGUUCUGGUGCGCUCGUGGCACCGGACGCUGUUUUGACGGCUGCCAGCUGCGUCAGCAGAUUCUCACCGAGCGAAAUCUCCGUGAAACUCGGCGAAUGGAAGCUGGGCUUUGAGCUUAAGCAAGAGGAACCAUUACCGUUCGAGAUCAUCAACGUACGGACGAUCAAGUACCAUCCCGGUUACGUGGAGGGACUGUCCAGCAACGAUACCGCCAUGUUGCUCUUGGAGCAUCCUGCGUCUUUCAAUUUACAUAUCAACACGCUGUGUCUCCCCGAGGACUAUCAAGUGCAAGAAACGUCGCAGUGCAUCGUGACUGGAUGGGGCAAAUCGAUACUGCAAUCCCAUUACGCUGGCGCUAUUAUGCACAUGGUGGACGUGGACCUGCUGUCGCACGAGGUUUGCCAGAACCGCGUGCUGGGUGCGGAGUCUCCGAUCAACAUCGCGAACAACGUGAUUUGCGGCAAGGCGCGCGAGGAGAACAACAUGUGCCAAGCGGACAUCGGCGGUCCGUUGGCCUGCUACGACGGCAACGGAGCGUACCAUAUCGCCGGAAUUUACAGCCAGGACACCGGAUGCUUGCCCACGAAUCAGGUCGCAACGUUCGCGCCUAUCGACCUCGGCUGGGUGAAGCAGACCAUGCACCUGCCGCACGGGCCGGAACCGAAAAUAGACGUCGCGCAGAGUAGCAUCAUCGAUGAAGGAUACGAUUACCGGAAGAGCAACCUGCCGGCGGGCAAUCAGUACCUGCCGCCUGUGUAAACACGCAUACAUAUACACAAUGUAUAGCGUAAUUUCUCUUUUCUCUCUCUCUCUCUCUCUCUCUC